GGAAUCGGCUCCUCUUUCCCAUCCUUCGAACAUGUCGGUCUUUUAAAGUAGACUAACCUUCGCGUUCCAGCCUUCAGGGUUCUCACUCUCUCUCUACCCUGAAAAUUCGACCCACUGAAUUCUUAAGCGCGAAGCAGAGAAAUGGGCGACCGCUUCUUCCCGAAUGUGAUGCCAGACUUCAUAGCAGAAUCAACAACUGAAACCCAAGAACAAGAAGUCAGUACUGCAGCCCAUGACUCUCUAACGAAGCUCCUCUCCUUGCCCUAUCAUUCUCUCUCUGAGCGCUUUAAACGCACCGCUUUGGACCUCAAAGAAACUAUUUUGUUGGAGACGUGGGGAAUGACUGGGCAACGAGUGCAAGACUUUACGCUGUAUUGUGGAACUCUUGGGACUGCUUUUUUUCUUUUCAAAGCUUACCUAAUCACUAACAACAAGAAUGAUCUUGCUCUCUGCGCUCAGAUUGUUAAGGCUUGUGACUCUGCUUCUUUCCAUUCUAGAGGUGUGACUUUUCUAUGUGGGCGAGCUGGUGUAUGUGCACUUGGGGCAGUGGUGGCAAAGCACGCUGGUGAUGAGCAGCUGCUUAAUGACUAUUUGGCUCAAUUUAGAGAGAUUAAGCUGCCAAGAGAUCUACCUGAUGAGUUGUUAUAUGGGAGAGCUGGGUUCUUAUGGGCAUGCUCGUUCAUAAACAAACAUAUUGGUGCCGGGACAAUUCCUUCUACGUACACUGGUGCAGUUGUGAAUGAAAUCAUCAAGAAUGGAAGAGCAUUGGCUAAGAGAGGAAGAUGCCCAUUGAUGUUUGAAUGGUAUGGAGAAAAGUAUUGGGGUGCUGCACAUGGAUUGGCUGGGAUAAUGCAUGUUUUGAUGGACAUGGAUUUGAAACCGGAUGAGGUUGAGGAUGUAAAGGGGACUCUUAGGUACAUGAUUAAUAAUCACUUCCCUAGUGGCAACUACCUCGUUAGUGAAGGGGAUAGAAACAGAGAUGUUCUUGUGCAUUGGUGUCAUGGAGCUCCUGGAGUUGCCCUCACGCUUGUCAAAGCAGCCAAGGUUUUUGGAGAUGAGGAAUUUCUGAAAGCAGCUGCAGAUGCAGCAGAGUUAGUGUGGAACCGUGGGCUGCUCAAGCGAGUUGGGAUUUGUCAUGGCAUUAGUGGGAAUGCAUAUGUGUUCCUCUCCCUUUACCAACUUACAGGCAAUCUUGAGUUCUUAUACAGGGCUAAAGCUUUUUCUUGCUUUCUGCUCGACAGAGCCUACAAACUCAUUGCAGAGGGAGAGAUGCAUGGAGGUGAUAACCCCUACUCAUUGUUUGAAGGGACUGGAGGCAUGGCUUAUCUUUUUCUUGACUUGAUUGAUCCCUCUCAGGCUAAAUUUCCAGCUUAUGAUCUCUAAAAAUAUUUAUACGAUGGAAGGGAGCUUAUGUAUAAAAAUUUAGUUUGCUCACAAUAUUCAGUUCUUGUAUAUAUAAUCUGAUCAAACUUUGGUUCUAACAUUGCAAUCGUGUUAUUUCCUAGUGGGAAUCUCAUGUUAAACUUUACCUCUUUAAACAAGCUGAUUUUGAGUUUA